GACAGAGACCACCAUUCCAUUUUUCCUCUCGCUCUUUCAUUCACUUUGGGAAUCCCUGCUUUAGCGGAGCAGAGGUCGUGGACAAUGCUUGUUAACGUGACCGGCCAAAGACGGUUCGGAGGGAGAUUUCUAGCUAAGUAUUGUAUAUCGGAGCUGUGUGUGUGUAUGAAUUGGAGGAAUAAGCCCUUGCUAAUCCAACGGCCGGUUGCAGCUUCUGGUCACUCGCUGCAUGAAGGAAGCCAGAAGAACGUUCUGUUUUUUGGGGAUCUCACCACAGUAGCAAAUUGGUUUUGUUCUACCACCAGGCCUGUGGGCUUCAUGCCUCCCCAAAAAUCCGUAGGCUGGUUUGGCAGGCAGAAAGGGGGAACUCGGGGCCGCAGUAUCAUCCUGGAAAAUGGAAUCGUAUUCACCCAACUGCCUGAUUUCUGCACUCUGGCACUUCCCAUCAUGUUGUAUUUCAGUGAUGCAGGUAUUACUAUCAUCUUUCUUUUGGGAGGAUUGUAGUGUGCAAAGAUGAAGGCAGCGUAGUCUGGGACCUUAUUAAAGCAGACGCCACUAGUGAUUAUUUGUCUCUGAUCAAUCUGUGGAAUAUUGUAAUGAUCAACUGUUGAUGAGAAAAACUGUCCACCAUAAAUUGACAGAUCUGAAAAUGACGUCUUUUUUUUGUUGGUCUCUCAGUAAUCCAAAACCCAAAUGUAUCAACCACACUACAGUAUUGAUGUAUGGUCAGCAGAACGUACGCAAUUGACUCAUCAUGUCAGCCUCUGACUGCAGGGUAAGGUUUCUCUCAGCUAUUCCUGUACAUCAGUUAGCAUCACGCCCAGCAUUUCAAAACCCACGUGCACUGUCCUCUUGGAUCGAGCUGCAGAAUGCACAAUGUUUUGUAUUUCUUGGCAGCACUGAGCUCGAGGUGAUCAGUCAACGUUUGCACAUUACAGACUUUUAUUUCGCAGAGCACAAUUACAAAUUAUUCAACCUUGUCUGUCUUUAUCUUCAAGCCCAGAAACGUGAUAAAUUCUACUCUUUGCAUUGCAGGCCUUGCACAUACGUUCUGCAUAUAAAGCUGUAUCCAUUCAUAACAUCAGAGGAAAAUGCUACAUUUUAUAAUCCAUCCAGCCUCCUGCCUAUCAGGACGUGAAUCCGGGAGGGGAGGAAAUCACCUUUUAAUUACGCUGAUCAAACCAGUUCCACAAUGCAAUCGAUCAGAAAAAAGGGAAGCGUUAGGGCGACUCGUGCAGCCCUUCAUGGUGAUUUUGGCCCAGCUUGAUUUACACAAGAGCUGCUUGCUGUCUCGUCAUUCCCAGCUCUACAUCUGUGAAGGGAUAACAGCUGCUGAAGCAGAGCUCGUCUCUUUCCCCCCUCUGAUAUUCACAGUUCAGAUGUGCUCGAGGGAGAUUUGUAACGCUGGCCUGCUUGAUCCUGAUCAUGAAAUCAAGCACACAAAGGUUCUUGGCCUCAGAACGGAGGUGUUGCUUAAGGACAGUGUUGUAAGCAAUGGGUGAUUAUUGGCUGCUGGCAACGCUGGCGUUGGUUCAGCUGAAAAUACAUCAGACACGCCGGGAAGCGCGUCUGCAGGUCAAGGUCUCACAGCAGCUGUGUCAUUUCUCCACGUCACCUCACUUUUUGCUUACACUUCAGCCUUCGUCAAAAUGAGAGAACACAGACGAGUAUUUCAUGAGCAGUGAUCCAAUAACCUUCUCAGACAAACGUGUACCAUGCAAUGAGGUUUACUGCAAAUCGCUCAAUGCUGCACAACUCAACGUACUGUGUGACGUAUACUGAUGGUAUACAAAUGCUUAAUGUUUCUGUUCAUAUAAAUCAUGUCAACAUGUGGUGUUUUCGGGUGCGAUUGUAUAGGGGCCCUCAAAUAUUUAAUUAUUAUUUUGACAAUGAACACGCUGUCAAUGUGGAGGUCAGAGUCCUCUGGGACUUAUGCAACUUACUGUUUAUUUCUCAACCUGAUGCAGCAGUGGGACAUUAAUAUGGUCAAAGCCAGAUGAAGUGCUCAUCUUGAGUAACACUCAUAAAAAUCACAAGAAACAGAAUAGUUGAGAAAACAUGCAAAUAUCCUCCAUGAAUAGAAUAGAUCAGAAUAGCCAACGUUGAUGGAUUUAGCAGCUUUUUGAUAUUAAUGUACACAAAUGAGCGGAAACCAAUGGAUGUUUUUUAAUACGAGUGCCACAAUCAUUUAAAGUAUUUUUAACUUCUAUUAAGGAACUUUGCAAACAAUAGUCUGAACCCGCCCAGGUCUAAAAAUGGCAGACGAAUGACAAGUGACCUGAACGCAUACCGAUUGAACUGCUGGCCAUCCCGCGGCUCAUCUGGCACAGCUAAAGUCCAACGUCAAUCCCUUCCCCCGUACUUUGGUCAAUCCCCAUAGUGAUAAGAGGGCGCCGGCCAGCAUAUCGGCCCCCGGGUGAUAAGAGGGGAGUUGGGUGUUUACACUGCGGGCACGGCGCGGACUGAGCUCAUCGAGUGAACUCCUCAAACAAAUGGACAGGCGGAGCUGGCGCGUCGGCCUCAUCAGCCCAUACCGCUCUGCUCUGAGACCACCGCCAAGCCCCCUCUGACCGACCUGCAAGCACUCGCACCACAGGUCUGAUGAGUGAAGGUGCCCUCCGCCCACCCCAGGAACCGCGAUGGUCGACAUGGAGAGCCACUACCAGCCCCCCUCGCCCCUGGAGGACUCGGUGCUGGGCAGCCCCCUGUGUGGCGAGGACGAAUUCAUGGGUGAAAUGGGCGAGCUCCAGGACAUCUCCCAGUCCAUGAACAGCACCGCCGCCAGGUGCUUUGACGGCCCCGAAUACCAGUCCUCCAGCAACGGCUCGGAAGGUUCCGCUGUUCUAGACGCCCUAACGCCGGCGUCCAGCCCGUCGUCGGCGGUUUACGGGUUGGCGCCGGGCCAGGAGGACUUGUCGUCGGCAUCCUCUCCGCUCAAUCUGGAGUGUCGAGUGUGUGCGGACCGCGCCUCGGGCUACCACUACGGAGUGCACGCCUGCGAGGGCUGCAAGGGUUUCUUUCGGCGGACGAUCCGUCUGAAGUUGGAGUACGACAAGUGCGAGCGUCGCUGCAAGAUCCAAAAAAAGAACCGCAACAAGUGCCAAUACUGCCGCUUCCAGAAGUGCCUGUCGGUGGGAAUGUCCCACAACGCCAUCCGUUUUGGCCGGAUGCCCCAGUCGGAGAAGCUAAAGCUGAAGGCGGAGAUGGUAACGGGGGACAGGGAGAUGGGAGACCCGCAGGUCGCCGACCAGAAGACGCUGGCCCGACAGAUUUACGAGGCCUACCUCAAGAACUUCAACAUGAACAAGGCCAAGGCUCGAACCGUACUCACUGGCAAGACCACCACACCUCCUUUUGUCAUCCAUGACAUGGAGACCCUCAAGCUGGCGGAGCAGACGCUGGUGGCAAAGAUGGUGGGCGCAGUGGGAACGCUGAAGGACCGGGAGGCUGAGGUCCGGAUCUUCCACUGCUGCCAGUGCACGUCGGUGGAGACCGUCACGGAGCUCACCGAGUUUGCGAAGUCCGUCCCGGGUUUCUCCAGCCUGGACCUCAACGAUCAGGUGACUCUUUUAAAAUAUGGCGUGCACGAGGCCCUCUUCGCCAUGCUGGCCUCCAGUAUGAACAAGGACGGGCUUCUUGUGGCGUACGGCUCGGGCUUCGUCACCCGGGAGUUCCUCAAGAGCCUGCGCCGGCCGUUCAGUGACAUGAUGGAGCCAAAGUUCCAGUUUGCAAUGAAGUUCAACGCCAUGGAACUGGACGACAGUGACAUGGCUCUGUUUGUCGCCGCCAUCAUCUGCUGUGGAGACCGCCCGGGCCUGGUGAACGUGGCGCACAUCGAGCGGAUGCAGGAGAGCAUUGUGCAGGUGCUGCAGGUCCAUCUGCUGGCCAAUCACCCCGACAACUCUUUCCUCUUUCCCAAGCUGCUGCAGAAACUGGCUGACCUCCGGCAGCUUGUCACUGAACAUGCCCAGCUGGUGCAGGAGAUCAAAAAGACAGAGGACACUUCCCUGCACCCACUUCUGCAGGAGAUCUAUAGAGACCUGUACUGA